AUGUCUCGUGUGGUGCACGUCCUGCGGGCCGGAAAGCUGCCAUACCAACGAGCACUGAAGCUGCAGCAAACGAUUGCGACCCAGUUACUACAGCAGGCUAAACACCAAACACCAUCACCCUAUAGCAACGUGCUUAUCCUAACCGAACACGAUCCCGUCUACACCAUAGGCAUUCGGACCCAGGGCUAUGACGCCAAGGAGGAAAGUCGUUUGCGUGCACUCGGAGCCGAUUUUGUCCGUACAAACCGGGGCGGAUUGAUAACUUUUCAUGGACCAGGCCAGCUGGUGGCGUAUCCCAUACUCGAUCUGAAACACUUUCAACCGAGCGUCCGCUGGUACGUUUGUCACCUCGAGCGGACCAUCAUCGAGCUGUGCGGGCGUUACGGUUUGCGGGCACAAUCGACCGCCGAUACGGGUGUCUGGAUCGAAAACCGAAAGAUCUGUGCGAUGGGUAUCCAUGCGAGCCGGUACAUUACGACGCACGGGUUAGCGCUUAAUUGUAACAUCGAUCUGAGCUGGUUCCGGCACAUCGUACCGUGCGGGUUGGUUGGGAAAUCAGUUACAUCACUGGCGGGGGAACUGAACCAACCGGAGCUCGGUGUUGUCGGUGUUACGGAAGCAUUUCUUGACUGUUUCCGGCAAUCGUUCGAGUGCGAUUUGGUACCGUUGGAUGUCGAGCGCCGAAUGGAGCUGAUGGGUGUAAUUUAG